UGAUAUAGACAAUAAACUUGUAUAUUGUGUUGAUGUGGAUGCAUUGUUUGCUGCCUUCGAUCACGUGUACUGCGCAAAAGAUUGGCGAUUAUUUCUGGACGGUUCUUGCAAAAGUCUGAAAGUAGUAUUAAUUCACAACGAGAAUCAGUUGCCAACAGUUCCAAUAGCAUACGCUACUGAUAUGAAAGAGACGUAUCAAACGAUGGAAAAAAUUUUACGAUUAAUCAAUUACAAUAAACAUCAAUGGCAAAUUGUCUCAGACCUCAAAGUUCUGACAAUACUUCUGGGAAUGCAAGGAGGCUACACUAAGCAUCCGUGCUAUUUCUGCGAAUGGGACAGUCGUGCCAAGGAUCUUUACAAGUGUAGCGUGUGGCCUCCGAGAAAGGGGUUUCAAAUUGGAAUUAAAAAUGUUCUCAAUAUCCCAUUAGUAAAACCUGAUAACAUUAUCUUGCCGCCAUUGCACCUAAAGUUGGGCUACAUGAAACAAUUUGUAAAACGACUCGACAAAAACAGCGAGUCAUUUCUGCACCUGGAAACAGUUUUUCCCAAACUAAGUGAUGCUUAAAUAAAAGAAGGUACCUACUUUCGAAGAAUUUGCCGACUAUUAAUUUUUUCGAAAACUCAUCUGCAACCAUUUUAAUUCUUUACUUUACAGGCAUUUUCAUCGGACCCCAGAUUCGCAAGCUGAUGAUUGAUGAGAAUUUGGUCGAAAAACUGAACGAAGUAGAAAAGAGAGCAUGGCUGAGUUUUAUCUCUUUAUGUCAUAACUAUCUUGGAAAUGAAAGAAGUUCUAAUUAUAAGGAAGUGGUUCAAGAGCUUUUGGAAGCUUAUGGAGAAAUGGGAUGCAAAAUGUCAAUCAAGAUACAUUUUUUGCACUCUCACUUGGAUUUCUUCCCGGAUAAUCUGGAUCAGUUUAGCGACGAGCAAGGUGAACGAUUUCACCAGGAAAUCUCGGCAAUAGAAAAGCGCUUUGCUGGAAAAAACCACGUUAAGAUGAUCGCUAAUUACUGCUGGUCGCUCAAACGUGAAACCGACGACCUGUAUUAUAAGCGCAAAAGAUCCAGGAAACAUUUUUAAUUCGAAUUGGUUGAGGUAUGUAGUUAGCGAGCAUCUUAAAGUGGUUUAUUUUUUGUAUCUUGAUUGACAUUUUG